ACUUCAACCUAUGGAACUCGGCCAUUUCGUUUUCUUCCGUCUGAUCGGUGUAGUGAUUGCGUAACCGAAAUCUUCUCUCGCUUCCUUGUGUGUGUGUGUGUCUCCAGUGAACCUGAAGGACAUCGUCCAGUAGGCUUUUAAGCAUGUGGUGGAAGAAGCUUGGUGUCGCUCUGCUGCUAGUGGUAGCCAGCAGCCAGUAUGUGCAAUCGCAGCAGUCGAAGGUUCUGUGUUACUACGAUGCGGCCAACUUCCUGAUCGAAGGAUUGGGAAAAGUGUCCCUUGCGGAUAUUGACGUUGCUCUACCGUUCUGCACACAUCUCGUCUACGGUUAUGCCGGAAUCGAUGUCGAAACGAACAAAGCGGUUAGCCGUCAACCGAACUUGGACUUGGACACUGGCAAGGGCAACUACCGUACGGUGACGCAGCUCAAGAGCAAAUAUCCUUCGCUGAAGGUGCUGCUCGGUCUCGGUGGGUACAAGUUCUCCGAACCUUCGAUAAAGUAUCUCACCCUGCUCGAGUCUGGAGCGGCUCGUAUUACCUUCAUCAACUCGGUCUACUCGCUGCUGAAGACGUACGGUUUCGAUGGCGUCGAUCUGGAAUGGCAAUUCCCGAUGAACAAACCGAAGAAGGUACGCUCAACGCUCGGCGGUGUAUGGCACGGAUUCAAGAAAGUGUUCAGCGGCGAUAGCGUACUGGACGAGAAGGCCGACGAACAUCGGGAGGAAUUUACGGCCCUGCUUCGUGAGCUGAAGAAUGCGUUCCGAUCGGAUGGAUAUCUGCUGGGUAUGACGGUGUUGCCGCACGUUAACUCGUCGAUCUUCAUGGACAUUCCGGCCAUUAUCAACUAUCUGGACUUUGUCAACAUUGCCGCGUAUGAUCAGCAGACACCAACGCGUAACGGUAAGGAGGCAGACCAUGCGGCACCGCUGUACGAGCUGAGCGAUCGUGUUGCUGGCAACAAUGUGGACGGACAGGUCCGUCAGUGGCUAUCGAACAAUGCUCCUGCUUCGAAGUUGAUUGUUUCCAUUCCUACGUACGGCCGUGGCUGGAAGAUGACCGGUGAUUCGGGUAUUACAGGCGUUCCACCACUUCCCGUCGAUGGUCCAUCGAACCCUGGGCCUCAGACACAAACCGAGGGCUUCUACAGCUGGGCUGAAGUGUGCGCUAUGCUGCCGAAUCCGAGCAACACCGCACUGAAGGGCGCCGAAGCUCCGUUGCGCAAGGUUGGUGAUCCGACGAAGCGCUUCGGAUCGUACGCGUUCCGUCUGCCGGACAGCAACGGUGAGCACGGUAUGUGGGUGUCCUACGAGGAUCCCGAUACGGCUGGCAACAAGGCAGGAUACGUGAAGGCCAAGAAUCUGGGAGGCAUCGCUAUCAACGAUCUGUCGUACGACGAUUUCCGUGGUAGCUGCGCUGGGGAAAAGUUCCCAAUUCUGCGUGCGGCUAAAUAUCGGCUGUAAAAGAUGUUGAUUGAAGCAAUCGACUGUUGUUUGGAAGUAUGCAUAUUGUUGUACGUGCGACACGUUUAGUGGAUAAUGAUUCAUUUUGAAUAAAACAAAACAUAGAAUGAAAA